AAGCGUGCUCGUCUGUCUCGCUUUUUAAAUUGCUUGUAAAACCGGCAGUUAAUGGUCGCUUGGCAACACUGAUCGUGGAUCGUGAAGUUUAUAGUGAGCGUGAGCGAUCUCUCAGAGAUACAUAGAGAGAGGAGGAACAGAUCGCCAGAAAGCGUGUUUCCAUUGUGUGUGUUUUUUUUUGUUUUCUUUUUCAUGCGCCCACCGAAAGCUUUAUGAACGGGCGGGUGGGUGAGUGUAUAGGCCGGAGUGUCAACAGCUGAAACUGAGUGCUCUAAGUGAGUUGAGCUUGUCUUUAUAAAUUUUAUUUUUCGCAGUUUUCUUUCAUGCCAUUAUUUGUUUUUGUACAAACACAGCACAUGAUAAGCGACCUACCCAGCUGAUAAGGUGUAACACAAUUACGUACUAGAAUUUUUUUCCAUAAUUAUAUCACCUUUUUUGCCUUCGCUCAGCUAUUUAAUAAGCGUAAAAACGUGUGUUUUGCUCGUAAAUUGGGAGCGUUUCAACGCUAAGUAAUUCCAGUUAGACAACACCUACCCACAGAGACGGUUCGAUUCUAGAUAUUCACACGGUGAAGUGAAAAUAGCAAACGGCGGCACAUUCCAAGUUGUUGUUUUUUUUUUUGUAGUGUCAGAGCCUUUUUACAAGUGACGCAAACAAACACACGCACACAUACAAGCAAAACAAUUACGAACACUUAUUUAAUUAAAAUUACUCACUUUACUAUAUCUAUCGUUCAUUUAACGCUUAUCAGCGUCGCUUCAAAACGUUUACUUCAUCAGUUGUCGGUUCUGUUACUAAAAAUAGCGUUUUGCAAAGACUAUUCCAAAAACAACGUGCCCGUUAUUUAUUAAUUAAACGGAAUAGUAUGCCAGAUAUAUUACAAGACUUUUUUGAGAUACAAAAUCCCAUUGGAACAUCAAUGGCAACAAAUAGUAGCGCUGGCGCAAAUGCUAUAGCAAAUGGCAGCAGGAAUUUGAAUGGUAGCGGCGAUGGCGAUGGCGGUGGCGGUGGCGGUGGCGGUGGCGGUGGUGGUGCCGCUGUUGGAGACCGUGGUGGUGGUGGCAGAGCUAUUAGCAGCGUCAACACUCUAUCCGUGCCUGGUCAGCAAGAGAUGGUUCAUCAGAAUGGCGCACUUACAGAGGCACCCGCUCAGGGUUACAAGCGUAAGCUGGAACAUAGGUAUGUAAACGCACCAGUGUGGGUAUUCACUAACUACAAUCAUACAGAAUAUUUUUUCGAAAAUAUAAAGGGACAUUGAUUAUCUAU